AUGGUUUCGAUAAGGGUUGUUUCCGCUUUAUACCCGCUCGCUUUAUACCCGCUCCCAUCAAUAGUGACUGGAGUAGAGGAGCUGGUAAGAGAUGGUCCACAAGAAAUUGAGAAAUUGCGUUGUAAAGACCUUUCCAACUAUGAAUUUGUACGGAAGGUGGCUAACAUUUUAGAAGAUGCAGUUGCUCUAAGAGAUAAAGGAGAAUUCAAAGAAGUGGUUGAGAGGGUACUUCCAGAACCAGUAGUUGAAAGAAAUGAUAAACCAACAGUUGGCAUGGAAACGAUGUUAGAUGAUGUUUGGAGAUGGCUCACACAAGAUGAACAACUGGGCACUGUUGGCAUAUAUGGUAUGGGGGCUGUUGGCAAAACUACUCUCUUAAACCAAAUCAACAACAGGUUUGCUAGUACAACCCAUAAUUUUGAUGUUGUGAUUUGGGUGGUGGUGUCAAAAGAUUUGAAACCUGACAAGAUUCAAGAAGAUUUGAAACCUGACAAGAUUCAAGAAGAUAUUUGGAAAAAGAUUGGCUUUUUUGAUGAGAUGUGGGCAAAAAAAAACCCCAGUGAGAAAGCAGAGGAUAUAUUUUAUAUAUUGAGCAGAAAGAAGUUUGUGUUAUUUUUGGAUGACGUAUGGCAGAAGGUUGAUCUCAAAGGCAUAGGUGUUCCUCUGCCAAAAAGACCACAUGGGUCAAGGAUAGUAUUCACAACGCGUUCCUACAAAAUAUGCAGGCAAAUGGAAGCCGAAAAAAUGAUGAAAGUGAAGCCUCUGAAUCAAAGAGAAUCUUGGACCUUAUUCCAGGAGAAAGUUGGGGAUAUUUAUUCCCUCGGAAUAUCCUUUCCUCUAGCUGGAAGAUGUGUUGAGGAGUGGGUGGACUGCCACUGGCACUCACUCACAAUGGCACUCAUCACAAUUGGCCAUGCCAUGGCCGUUAUGCCUCAAGUUUACAAGGAAUGGAAGAUGAGGUGUUUCAAGAUAUAUAUGGAGGUUGACGUAUUUGCAAUUUUGAAGUUUAGUUAUGAUAGCCUACACAGUGAUAAAGUUAAAUCUUGCUUCUUAUACUGUUCCUUAUUCCCGGAGGACUUCAAAAUUCUCAACGAUGAUUUGGUACAUCAUUGGAUUUCUGAGAAUUUCUGUGCUCGAAAUGAAGGAUAUACUAUAAUUGGUUCACUUGUUCGAGUAUGCCUAUUGGAAGAAAAUGGAAAAUAUGUAAAAAUGCAUGAUGUGAUUCGUGACAUGGCUUUGUGGAUAGCAUGUAAAUAUGAAAAAGACAAGGAGAACAAGGAGAAGAUUUUUCGUGCAAGUCAAAGAAUGGGAAGGGAUCAAAAAGGAAGUCCGUUGAUGGCAACUCCUUUGUUGAUGGCAAACUCCUUUAAAAGUAUCCAAGAAGUUCCUAGAUGCGGGGAUCUUUCGACUUUAUUCCUUGGUCAUAAUAGGUUUUUGACGGAGAUCAGUGGUGAUUUCUUCCAGUAUAUGAAUUCGCUCACCGUUCUUGAUCUAUCAGAGACACGUAUAAAGAAAUUGCCUGAGGGAAUUUCAAAAUUAACCUCAUUGCAAUAUCUUAAUCUGCGUAGUACACAUAUAACGCGGUUACCAGUUGAGUUGAAGUUAUUGCAAAAGCUGAAAUAUUUGAACUUGGAGUGUAAUGGCUUCCUAGAAAGUAUUCCAAUGGAAGUCAUAUCUAGUUUGUCAUCAUCAUUGCAAACUUUGAAAAUGUACCAAGCUGGUAGUUAUUUGUAUAAUGAAAACUUGGCAGAUAACGUAUUGGGUGAAGGCAAUUUGCUAAUAAAGAAGCUACAAUCUCUGGAAAAUUUGAAUGAAUUAAGCCUCACAAUAAGAAGUGUUUCUGCGCUUCAGUUGUUUUCCAGCACCCAGACAUUACUCAACUGUACUCGAUCUCUACAGCUUGCAUGGUUCCAAGUUCAUCGAUCUCUUAGUGUUUCUUCAUUAGCAAAAUUGAGGCACCUAGAGAUCCUGAACAUAUUUGGUAAUCCUAAUUUAGAAGAGUUGAUCGUGGAUGUUAUGCUUGGUGAGAGUUCUACACAUCAUCAUACUAUCAGCAACUCAAUGGUCUCAGCUCCAGUAUGCUUCAAUAGCCUCCGGGAAGUGAUUGUAUUGCAAAACUUCAGACUGUGAGAGCUGACAUGGGUUGUUCUGAUCCCAAAUUUGGAAAUUUUGAUAGUGAGAUCCAAUGAGCAUAUGGAAGAAAUUGUAAGCGCUGAAAAGUUAAGUGAGGUUCAAGUUGGAAGUGAAAAUAUGAACCUAUUUUCAAAACUCCAAGUUCUUGAAUUGUCUAAUUUACCAGAACUGAAAUGCAUAUAUAGGAAUGCUCUGUCUUUUCCACUUUUGAACGAAAUACAAGUACGUGGAUGCCCAAAGCUGGAGAAUAUACCAGAAGCACUGCAAGGUUGUGACUGACGCAUAAGAACUAAUCUAAUGGAAACCUGUGCAAUAAAGAUUCAGAGGAUUUUGAUUUUUUUCUUUUUUUUUUUUUUCUGUUUGAGUUGUUUCCGCUUUGAUUGUAAUUCUGCAAUUGAGAUACAAUUGGUUGGACUUGAUUGUAAUUACAUUUGAAUUUGAUUUGUCAAUUUAGUGCUUC